AAAAAAUCCCAAAAAAAAUUAUAAAAAAACCAAGAAAAACUUGCAGCUUUAUGAUUUAUAAAGUGAACGAAAAUCAAUCAAAUAAACAAUCAAAAAUUGACUUUUAUUCACAAUUGAUAAAUACAUAAAUAAAUUUAUCACAUUAAAUAAAACAAUAUUAAUCUGAAGAAUUCUUUAUAAGAUGUGCCUCGAAAUAAAAGCAAUUAACGACUAUCUUGAUUGUUAUCAAGAUGAAAGCUUAAAAUUUUCUACUAUUUAUGUAGAUAAAAAAACCGGCAAAAAAUAUACAAGAACUUUUUUUAAAAAUUUAUCGGAUGGAAAAAAAUUUUACUAUAGAGUACAAUUAUUAUCAAAAAAAAACAAUGAGUUUGUUCUCCAACGAGACUCUGGGACUUUAAAUGUUCCCAAUAAUUUUAAAGAAUUGAAGCAAAAUUUACCAUUUCAUACAUGUGUAAAAAUUUUCAACAUCUCAGUUUUUAGAAAAAAUGUCGACUUGAAAUUUUUUUGCUUGGAAAAAAGAGAUGACAGAUAUAAGAAAAGAUUGCCGGUGCGACACUUGCUGCGCAAUAUUCUGGAUAUGACAAUUGUUAAAAAGGUAUUGCAAUUGUAUAAUAUUGAUAAGAUAAAAAUGAAUUCGCUUCAAGGAAUCAAUGACAGUUCAGUUGAAGCUAAGUUUCAAAUAAUCGAUUCCUUGCUAAAAAAGAAUACCUAUUGUCAAUUGGUGAGCUGUAAAAAUAAUCAGGCGAUAAGUCUUCUUGAUGUGUUUUACAAGAAGUUGAAUACCAAAAUUGACGUUUUGGAUAAAAGUACUGAAAGGUGGAAACUAAUUGAAACCUGUGUGAAAAAUACUCAUUCAAAUCAUCACAAUGAUUAUUCUAUAAAAAUUAAUGAAAUCUUUGUUGUAAAAAGGUGGGAAGACCGGAAAGGAUUCUUGGGAAAGUUGGGAAACAAAAAACUUUUGUGGCACGGAACGAGAAUAAGCAAUGUAGCUUCAAUUCUAGAAAAAGGUUUUGAACUUGAUCCCAAUAUUGCUCAUAAAGCUUUUAGUCUUAUGUUUGGGAAAGGAAUUUAUUUCACAAACACGGUAUCUAAAGCCGCUAAUUAUUGCGGCACGGGUACGGCAAGUCGAAACAAAAUAGGAGUUUUAUUUUUGGCUGAAGUAGCCUUAGGCAAAAUGAAAGUGACGUUGGAAGCACUUCCUAACUUGACACAGUUGCCUGAAGGGCAUCAUUCUGUAUUUGCAAAAGGUUUGCUGACUCCGCAUAGGAAUUUUAAGCAGAAAGUAUUGUAUAAUGUUGAACUCGCUUAUGGAGAGUUGCUUCAAAUACCGAGUCGGAACUCACAAUUGAAGCAUGACGAGUUUGUGGUAUAUGAUCCUAAACAAAUUAAGAUAAGGUACAUGGUCUUGGUUGAUUUUAAGUAUAAGAAAUGAAAAUAAUUUUUUUUUCUU